GCCAUAGGGCUUUGGGGAACCGGACGGGAAGCAGGGAGCAGUAAGGGCUUCUCUACCUCCAUCCUUCAGCUCUAUCUUAGCCUCCCCGGGCCUGCCUUUGCAGUGGGGAACCUUGGGCUGCAGACAGAGACUGUCACAGACCCCACACCCCUCUCACCGCCCCCUCAGAGUCCCCAAAUCCACAACCUGUCAGCAACCCCACUAAGGGGGCAGGAGGCAGACUGUCCCUGCCUCUCGCCGGACUCCUCCGCCAGCAUGAGCUUCACCGCCUACUCCACCAACUACCGCUCGGUGGGCUCCGUCCGGGCGCCCAGCCACCGGGUGCGGCCGGCCAGCAGCGCAGCCAGCGUCUACGCGGGCGCGGGCGGCUCGGUGGGCCGGAUCUCCGUGUCCCGCACCAGCAGCUUCCGGGGCGGCUGGGGAGGGGGCAUGGCUGGGGGCAUGGCUGGGGGCAUGGCGGGCUUGGAGGGCAUCCGUAGCGAGAAGGAGACCAUGCAAGACCUGAACGACCGCCUGGCUUCCUACCUGGAGAGAGUGCGCAGCCUGGAGACUGAAAAUCGGAGGCUGGAGGACAAGAUCCGGGAGCACAUGGACAAGACUGCACCCCGGGUCAGGGACUGGAGCCAUUACCUCAAGACCAUCGAGGAGCUGAGGGCGCAGAUCUUUGCCAAUUCUGUGGACAAUGCCCGCAUCGUUCUGCAGAUUGACAAUGCCCGGCUGGCCGCUGAUGACUUCAGAGUCAAGUAUGAGACGGAGCUGGCCAUGCGCCAGUCAGUGGAGAACGACAUUCACGGGCUCCGCAAGGUCAUCGAUGACACCAACGUCACUCGGCUGCAGCUGGAAACGGAGAUCGAGGCCCUCAAGGAGGAGCUGCUCUUCAUGAAGAAGAACCACGAGGAGGAAGUAAGGGGCCUGCAGGCCCAGAUUGCCAACUCCGGACUGACUGUGGAGGUGGAUGCCCCCAAGUCGCAGGACCUCGGCAAGAUCAUGGCAGACAUCCGGGCCCAGUAUGAAGAGCUGGCCCAGAAGAACCGAGAGGAGCUGGACAAGUACUGGUCCCAGCAGAUAGAGGAGAGCACCACCAUGGUCACCACUCAGUCUGCUGAGAUCCGGGGUGCUGAGACGACGCUCCAGGAGCUGAGCCGUACAGUCCAGUCCCUGGAGAUUGAACUGGACUCCAUGAGAAAUAUGAAGACCAGCUUGGAGGACAACCUGCGGGAGGUGGAGGCCCGUUACGCCAUGCAGAUGGAGCAGCUCAACGGGGUCCUGAUGCACCUGCAGGCAGAGCUGGCACAGACCCGGGCAGAGGGACAGCGCCAGGCCCAGGAGUACGAGGCCCUGCUGAACAUCAAGGUCAAACUGGAGGCUGAGAUCACCACCUACCGCCGGCUGCUGGAAGAUGGGGAGGACUUCAAUCUGGUCGAUGCCCUGGACAGCAGCAACUCCAUGCAGACCAUCCACAAGACCAGCACCCGCAAGAUCGUGGACGGCAAAGUGGUGUCUGAGUUCAACGACACCAAAAUUCUGAGACGCUGAGGCUGCAGACCCCGGGGUACCCCGAGGAAACAGAGGUCAAUAAAAACCUGAGGUCACCGGUCA